CCUGUUUCCUUCAGCUGUGUCUUAAAGUAAAUCUUGUUGUGGAGCGGAGCCCUCAGCCGAGGGAGCGCUCGGAAAUCAUUCACCAUUGCAGCCAGGGAGAGCGAGCGGCGCACCAGAGCUCUGGCCCCGUGCGCCCGCGCCCGCGCCGCUCCUCUGCCCCGCUCCGCGCCCCUCCGCUCCUCCCUCCUGCGCGCCCCUCGCCUCCGCUCCUCAGCCGCUCUCCGGCUCCGCUCCUCUUCUUCUCGCCUCGCCUCUGCUGUCCUCUUCUCCCUUCCCCGCCCUCGCCCCGCUCGCUCGCUCGCUCGCUCACUGUCGCACAGACUCACCGACCCUGGUCCAAUUACCACAUUCAUCACCCGCAAGCCACCUCGGCGUGCGCGCGCCUGUGCGCCUCUCCGCCGGCACCGAGGGGGAGACCGGCUCCGUCCCACUGCUCUCCGCGCCGCGUAAAAAAUGGUGUUGUUUCAAUGAAUCAUAAUAAAAUAGCCUCUAAACAGUUUCUAAGCAGGAGCCUCAGUGGAACUCCGCGCCCCGCUCCUGCCAGCCCCCCGAGAGGUCCCGGGAUUCUUGAGCUGUGCCCAGCUGACGAGCUUUUGAAGAUGGCACAAUAAGCGUCCAGUGAUGCCUGACCAUGACAGCACAGCCCUCUUAAGCCGGCAAACCAAGAGGAGAAGAGUCGACAUUGGAGUGAAAAGGACGGUAGGGACAGCAUCUGCAUUUUUUGCUAAGGCCAGAGCCACGUUUUUUAGUGCCAUGAAUCCCCAAGGUUCUGAGCAGGAUGUUGAGUAUUCAGUGGUGCAGCAUGCAGAUGGGGAAAAGUCAAAUGUACUCCGUAAGCUGCUGAAGAGGGCGAACUCGUAUGAAGAUGCCAUGAUGCCUUUUCCAGGAGCAACCAUAAUUUCCCAGCUGUUGAAAAAUAACAUGAACAAAAAUGGUGGCACAGAGCCCAGUUUCCAAGCCAGCGGCCUCUCUAGUACAGGCUCCGAGGUGCAGCAGGAGGAUAUAUGCAGCAACUCUUCAAGAGACAGCCCCCCUGAGUGUCUUUCCCCUUUUGGCAGGCCUACUAUGAGCCAGUUUGAUAUGGAUCGCUUAUGUGAUGAGCACCUGAGAGCGAAACGUGCCCGGGUGGAGAAUAUCAUUCGGGGUAUGAGCCAUUCCCCCAGUGUGGCAUUAAGGGGCAAUGAAAAUGAAAGAGAGAUGGCCCCGCAGUCUGUGAGUCCCCGAGAAAGUUACCGAGAGAACAAACGCAAGCAGAAGCUGCCGCAGCAGCAGCAACAGAGUUUCCAGCAGCUGGUUUCAGCCCGCAAAGAACAGAAGCGAGAAGAACGCCGACAGCUGAAACAGCAGCUGGAGGACAUGCAGAAACAGCUGCGCCAGCUGCAGGAAAAGUUCUACCAGAUCUACGACAGCACUGAUUCUGAAAAUGAUGAAGAUGGUAACCUGUCUGAAGACAGCAUGCGCUCGGAGAUCCUGGAGGCCAGGGCCCAGGAUUCGGUCGGAAGGUCAGAUAAUGAGAUGUGUGAGCUAGACCCAGGCCAGUUCAUAGACCGAGCCAGAGCCCUGAUCCGAGAGCAGGAAAUGGCGGAAAACAAGCCCAAGCGGGAAGGCAAUAACAAAGAAAGAGACCACGGGCCAAACUCCUUACAACCCGAAGGCAAACAUUUGGCCGAGACCUUGAAACAGGAACUGAACACGGCCAUGUCGCAAGUGGUGGACACUGUGGUCAAAGUCUUUUCGGCCAAACCCUCCCGCCAGGUUCCUCAGGUCUUCCCACCUCUCCAGAUCCCCCAGGCCAGAUUCGCAGUCAAUGGAGAAAACCACAAUUUCCACACCGCCAACCAACGCCUGCAGUGCUUUGGCGACGUCAUCAUUCCGAACCCCCUGGACACCUUUGGCAACGUGCAGAUGCCCAGUUCCACAGACCAGACAGAGGCACUGCCCCUGGUUGUUCGCAAAAACUCAUCUGACCAGUCGGCCUCUGGCCCGGCCGCCGGCGGCCACCACCAGCCCCUGCACCAGUCGCCUCUCUCAGCCACUGCCGGCUUCACCACCUCCACCUUCCGCCAUCCCUUCCCCCUGCCCUUGAUGGCCUACCCAUUUCAGAGUCCACUAGGUGCUCCCUCGGGCUCCUUCUCGGGAAAAGACAGAGCCUCUCCUGAAUCCUUAGACUUAACUAGGGACACAACGAGUCUGAGGACCAAGAUGUCGUCCCACCAUCUGAGCCACCACCCUUGCUCACCAGCACACCCCCCCAGCAGCGCCGAAGGGCUCUCCUUGUCCCUCAUCAAGUCUGAGUGUGGCGAGCUUCAAGACCUAUCUGAAAUCUCACCUUACUCGGGAAGUGCAAUGCAGGAAGGAUUGUCACCCAAUCAUUUGAAAAAAGCAAAGCUCAUGUUCUUUUAUACCCGUUAUCCCAGCUCCAAUAUGCUGAAGACCUACUUCUCCGAUGUGAAGUUCAACAGAUGCAUUACCUCCCAGCUCAUCAAGUGGUUUAGCAAUUUCCGUGAGUUUUACUACAUUCAGAUGGAGAAGUAUGCACGUCAAGCCAUCAACGAUGGGGUCACCAGCACUGAGGAGCUGUCUAUAACCAGAGACUGUGAGCUGUACAGGGCUCUGAACAUGCACUACAACAAAGCAAAUGACUUUGAGCAGGUUCCAGAGAGAUUCCUGGAAGUUGCACAGAUCACAUUACGGGAGUUUUUCAAUGCCAUUAUCGCAGGCAAAGAUGUUGAUCCUUCCUGGAAGAAGGCCAUAUACAAGGUCAUCUGCAAGCUGGAUAGUGAAGUCCCUGAGAUUUUCAAAUCCCCGAACUGCCUACAAGAGCUGCUUCAUGAGUAGAAAUUUCAACAACUCUUUUCUGAAUGUAUGAGUAGUAGCAGUCCCCUUUGAAUGUCCAUGUUAUAUGUCUCUAGAUCUUGAUUUCUAUGUGUAUGGGAGGCAUGUAUAUGUUAUGGAAUCAGCUGGUAACUCCUCCUCAUCAUCCUUUCUCUCAUUUCCUUAUGUUUUCCAUUGUAAGGGGAUGGUUAUUUUCCUUCUGCCUUUAGUUUACUUUUACCCAAGGCCCUUAACAUUUGGAGACUUAAAUAAGGGUUAAUUUUCAGGGAAAAGGAAUGCUGGCAUAUGUAAAGUUUGUAUUAGUGAGGAGGGGUGGGACGUCUGUGAAAGGCACACCUGCAGAAUGAUGGCUCAUUGCAUAUGGAGCUAAGUGGAAGGAAGCCUGGGACACAGCAGCCUGUGAACACGGUGAUGAGUCUCUUGUUUUCAUGGCUAACAAGGCCUAAGAACUCAAUGAACCCACUUCAUACACUUAUAUUUCGUUUGAACUCAGUAAGUAGCUUUUUUAAAAAACAAAUUAAUGCCCAUGACAAAUGAGCAGUAGUUCAUUUUUGGAAAGUAUCCCCAAGAUGCCAAAUUUAAAAAAAGAAAAGUAAUCACUAAUCAUUUAGCCUUUCCUAAGGGGACUGGCAAGCACCCCAGCCUGGUACCAGUUUCUAAUGGAGGCAAAGCCAUUUUGCACAAAGUUGGCUCUUUCAGGAUGAGACUGGAAAUUCAAAUGUGGUUUUCCAGCGACCCCUCUAAACCUGACACUAGACUCUUCUUCCUCAUGAGUGAGCUUGUAUUCUUCUUCAUAAAGGAAAUACUCUGUAAGUAGUUAUCAUUUUCUAUUUAUUUUGCUUUAGAUAUUAAAAGGCACGUAAGUUUAAAAUUUA